GCACUUACGAGCACCUGUUGUGCGCUUCAAAGGAAAUCGCAUUGAAGUCACGAGCUACUCUGCGAUAUGCAGAACACCCGAAACCUAAAGUGUAAGAUGGCCUAGCAGCGAUGUCCCAGCUGUACUACCGCCGAACAGACAGCUCCUCAUACCGGGACCGCAUCCCUCUGCGGAUCGUACGGGCCGAGUCCGAGCUCUCGCCCCAGGAGAAGGCCUACCUGUGCGCAGUCGAGAAGGGCGACUAUGCCAGUGUGAAGCAGGCCUUGGAGGAGGCCGAGAUCUACUUCAAGAUCAACAUCAACUGCAUCGACCCACUGGGCCGUACGGCCCUGCUCAUCGCCAUCGAGAACGAGAACCUGGAGAUCAUCGAGCUCCUCCUCCGCUUCAACGUCUACGUGGGAGACGCGCUCCUCCACGCCAUCCGCAAGGAGGUGGUGGGUGCUGUGGAGCUGCUGCUGAACCAUAAAAAACCCAGCGGGGGCAUGCAGGUUCCACCCAUCCUGCUGGACAAGCAGUUUUCCGACUUCACCCCUGACAUCACACCUAUCAUCCUUGCGGCCCACACCAACAACUACGAAAUCAUCAAACUGUUGGUGCAGAAGGGCGUAUCCAUGCCUCAGCCGCAUGAGGUGCGCUGUAACUGCGUGGAGUGCGUGUCCGGCUCGGACGUAGACAGCCUCAGGCACUCGCGCUCCCGCCUCAACAUCUACCGGGCGCUGGCCAGCCCGUCGCUGGUGGCGCUGUCCAGUGAGGACCCCUUCCUCACCGCCUUCCGCCUCAGCUGGGAGCUGCAGGAGCUCAGCAAGGUGGAGAAUGAGUUCAAGGCGGAGUACGAGGAGCUGUCGCAGCAGUGCAAGCAGUUUGCCAAGGACCUUCUGGACCAGACACGCAGCUCCCGUGAGCUGGAGACCAUCCUCAACUACAGGGACGACAACAUUCCGCUGGAGGACGAGGGGAACAGUGACCUUGCCAGGCUCAGGCUGGCUAUUAAGUACCACCAGAAAGAGUUUGUAGCGCAGCCGAACUGUCAACAGCUCCUGGCUUCACGCUGGUACGACGAGUUCCCAGGCUGGAGGCGGCGCCACUGGGCCGGCAAGCUCAUCACGUGCAUCUUUAUUGGUCUCCUCUUCCCCCUCUUCUCCCUCUUCUACCUGAUCGCCCCCAAGAGCCACUACGGCCUCUUCAUCCGCAAGCCCUUCAUCAAGUUCAUCUGCCACACGGCCUCCUACCUGACCUUCCUCUUUCUCCUCCUCCUGGCCUCUCAGCAUAUCGUCACCACCGACUCGCACCGGCAGGGUCCGCCACCCACCACCGUGGAAUGGAUGAUCCUCCCUUGGGUUCUAGGCUUCAUCUGGGCGGAGAUCAAACAGAUGUGGGAUGGAGGCUUUCAGGACUACAUCCACGACUGGUGGAACCUCAUGGAUUUUGUCAUGAACUCUCUGUACCUAGCCACUAUCUCUCUGAAGAUUGUAGCUUACACAAAGUACAGUGGCGAUAAACCACGGAACGAGUGGGAGAUGUGGCACCCCACCCUGGUGGCAGAGGCUCUGUUCGCCAUUGCCAACAUCUUCAGCUCGCUGCGCCUCAUCUCGCUGUUCACAGCCAACUCACACCUGGGCCCGCUGCAGAUCUCACUGGGCCGUAUGCUCUUGGACAUCCUAAAGUUCCUCUUCAUCUACUGCCUGGUCCUGCUGGCCUUCGCCAACGGCCUCAACCAGCUCUACUUCUACUACGAGACAGAUGCUUCCGAAAAGACAGGCAACUGUAAGGGCAUCCGCUGCCUGCAUCAGAACAACGCCUUCUCCACGUUAUUCGAAACGCUGCAGUCCUUGUUUUGGUCCAUCUUCGGGCUCAUCAGUCUGCACGUGACCAAUGUAGACCCAGACCACCAGUUCACUGAGUUUGUGGGAGCCACCAUGUUUGGGACGUACAACAUUAUUUCCCUAGUAGUGCUUCUCAACAUGUUGAUCGCCAUGAUGAACAACUCCUAUCAGCACAUUGCAGAUCACGCUGACAUUGAGUGGAAGUUUGCACGAACCAAGCUGUGGAUGAGCUACUUCGAGGAGGGAGGGACUUUGCCUCCUCCGUUCAAUCUGAUUCCCAGCCCAAAGUCGGCGUGGUACCUGAUCAGAUGGAUCAAGGCGCACAUCUUCAAGAGUACGAGAUCAAAGAGAACUGAGACUUUUGGGUCACUUAGUAGGAGAGCAGCAGAGAAUGUGCGCAUCAGUCACCAGUAUCAGGAAGUGCUGCGAAAUCUGGUCAAGCGCUACGUGGCUGCGAUGAUCAGAGACGCCAAGACAGAGGAGGGCCUAACAGAAGAGAACUUCAAGGAGCUAAAGCAGGACAUUUCCAGUUUUCGGUACGAAGUUCUUGGGAUGAUGAAAGGGAUCAAACCAGGACUACAAGGUUCUAAAGCAAACGCAGGAACGUCGAGCCUUGCCUACACUGACCGCCCUCUCAAGUGUUCAUCCGCUCCCCCUGGAGGUCAGCUGAAGGGCAAACUUAAACUUCUCAGUGUCACCGCCUCUAUGCUCCAGCAAAAUCUGAAGACAAACUCUAAAACAAACGCCAAGGGCCCGGAGCACUGCCUGGCUAACGGGUCUGUCCCCGUGGCUUCAGAAAUGAAAUCUAGCAAUAGGACCGCAAGAGACUUCUCUGGACUGUACAACCAAGUCCGCCACAGAGGGACAUCCAACACUGGCAACACUGGCAGGAUCUACUCAGUGUGUGAGGAGGAUGGGGAGCCCGAAGGUCCGGGGGAAGAGAGUGAGAGCGAAAAGCCCUCUGGUGUGUUGGCUCUAGGCAGGGGCAAUAAAACCUGCGUGCUCGGUGGUGAUGAGAACGAAAUCGAAGAGCUGAAGGAGGAGGUGGAAGAAAGCAAACCGUUGGCACACGCGCCAUGUACAUGUGACGAAGACACAAAAGACAAGAGCAGUGAAAGUGACGAGGAGAUCAUAAGCAGAUUGUAGUAGCGUAUGAUGGCUACGGAGUGACAGUCAGACACCACUUAGGCCAAAACAGCUGUUGCUUCUUCGGGAACUAGCCUAGACGAGCAGUGGCAGAGAGAAUGAAGAACCAGUGAGAAUGAAGCAUUUGAAAGGGAUUUUACAGCCUAUUUAAAUGUGUCGACCAAGAGCAAGAAGAAUAAAACCAGAAAAUCCUCUUUUCUCGCUCAUAUCCAGAUACAGCUCACUAGCCCGUGAGUUGCAGGGCACUCAUAUCGCUUUGUCUGUCCUACUGCAGGAGACUGUUCUAUGCAGGAAGAUCAGGCAUGACUGUUACUUUGGGAGUGCAGUAGAGCCCAGUGUGGGUCACACAGUGAGGAGAGGACUCACCUUCAUCGCUGGUAACUUCUGUCCAUCACCAGUCUGCUAGGAAGCCCUCAAAAUGUCACUUGUUUCAACUGUGGUUUUGUUGCUGGGAUCUCCAAGCUGGUUCAGUUGAUGACAACAACAAAAUAUACAAAAUACAGUGCGCUGUAAUUUAAAGCAGUGUGGACUUGGAAAAAAGAAAAAAAAGAAGGAUAAAGACCAGCUACCUGCUUUUUAAAAACAUUUUUUUUAUGGAGAUGUUUUGAGGACUUGUCUUCUUCUGAACACGACUGUUCCUCCACAUGCUCCCAGAGGACAUUGCCAAAUACACAUAGGCAUGAGUGGUUGCAGAGGCAGGCAUGCCAGGCUGAGGGCAUGGGGGAAAUAAAGUGCCCUGGUGAGUUUCAGGAUGAUUAAGUGAGGUUGUCCCGUCAUCCUGAAGCCUCCUCACAUAUACUCACCUAUGACAGAGCAAUAGCUGAGCCCCCUUUUGUCAAAGAAAUUGCACUCUGCCUCACUCUGAUGUACAAGUGGAGGCCGACUUCAUACCAUCAUGCCUCCUCUCACACUGGGGUUACUCUUACUAUGCAAAUAUUUAAAGCUUCUCAACUUAUACCUUACAGUUAGGCAUGACACAGCUUUCCAGUGGACUCACAAAUAUACAGCUUCUGGUUUCGAAGAGCUGUAUGAAUUCAUGGGUCUGAGUCAUGAACAGAUGUGCUCUGCCGCCUGCCCUCAGUUACACUGGGAUGUAAGCACAACACAGUGGGUACUAACCUUAAUUAAGAAAUGAUUUCAUAUUUAUCAUUAGAAUAUUGGAUAUAGAUUCAAAUUUAUUAUAAUGAACAGUACUUGUGCAGCAUAUAUACUGUAUGCCAUAUCAUGUUACUCUUAUAUCAGUAUUGUAUUGAAAAAUGGUAAUUAAUCAGUUAUGUCAUAUUCUGCACAGUUCAUUUAUUUACAGUUGUAACAUUUGUUAAGCAGCAACAACUGACCAAAUACUACACAUUUCCAUCCUUGCAGCUUUCCAGACUGGGAUUAGGAGAGGCAGCUACCCUGUGUAGUAGGUUUACGCAUGCAGGGAGCAUUCAACAAUGAGGUCGUCCUAUGUUCAUUUAAAGGUCCAGUACAAUAUGCUAAUGUGAGAUAAUGAAAUAAACCACUCUGAAGGCU